AGUUUGGAGACAGAGUUGACAUUCAAAAUGCACACUUCACUCAAGAUCAGUCUGCUAUGCCAAACUAAUACUUAAAUCCAGUAAAUAUUACCAGGAAGGAGAGGGAGUUUGUUGACCUCUUUUUUUUUUGUUACCUCCACAUGACAGGUUAAUAGGUUUCUUUUUCAGUUCUUGGCAAUGUUUCCCAGCCCCAGCACGUCCACUCCCUUCUCUGUAAAGGAUAUAUUAAACCUGGAGCAGAGUCAUGACGUUAUGGUGUCUUCUCUGGACGUUUCUUCUCGUAUGGACUGCUGCACCGUGCCGACCUCGUCCUCCUACUCCUCCUCCUCCUCCUGCAUGCUGGCCCGCCUGAAGCAGGAGCCUCUGCGGGACAUGUCCGCCGCCGCCUCGCUGUUUGGAGAAGACCUCCACGACUCCAGAGCCGGCAGAGGCAAUGCCCUCAACUAUGCUACCUUUUAUGGGAAAUCCCUCAUGGAGAUGGAUGUAGUUAAGGAUGGGAAAUCAGACGCGUUUGAGGGGAAACGCAGAAAAGAGGACUUCAGCCCUCCGACCGAGCCUGCGGACGACAUAAAAACAGAGGACGCAGGGCGACCCAAGCCCCGGAGACGCAGGAAGCCGCGGGUCCUGUUCUCCCAGGCGCAGGUGUACGAGCUGGAGCGCCGCUUCAAGCAGCAGAGAUACCUGUCCGCGCCGGAGAGAGACCACCUCGCCGGGGUGCUAAAACUCACCCCGACCCAGGUGAAGAUCUGGUUCCAGAACAGGAGGUACAAGUGCAAGCGGCAGCGGCAGGACCAGAGCCUGGAGAUGGUGUCUCUGCCGCCGCCCAGGAGGGUGUCGGUGCCGGUGCUGGUGCGGGAUGGGAAGCCUUGCCUGGCGGCAGACACAGCCGCUUACAACCCCUCCUACAGUAUGGGUCACAUCAACCAUUUCACCUAUAACAACUAUCCAGCUUUCAGUAACUACACCAGCCCCGGCUGCAACACAAACUAUGCGUGUAACUACCCUGCAGCCACAAUGCAAACUAUGCAAGGGUCAUCCAACAACGGGAAUUACAUGAACUUUGGGGUGGGGGACCUGAAUAAUGUCCAGAACACAUUUCCCUCCAGUAAUGGGGUGUCUUCGUUACAUGGCAUUAGGACAUGGUAAACUCAACAUCCAGCAGUGUUACCUAUUCAGUUUAUAACGGGAUUAUUUGCAUGCAUUUUAAAUGUGUCAAGACUUUGUCGAGCUUGUGUAACUUCUUAUAUUUAAUUACCUACUCACUUUUGGUAGUUUUUCGUUUUCAGCACGUUUUUUUUUGUUUUUUUAAUUAAUUUCCGUGGCAUGAGCGAACAGGCGCGUGCCAUUUGAGCGGAAAUAAAAAAAAAUAACAUGUUGCAACCACAGUUCGUUAAUGUUAUUCUAAAUUUUCCCUCUCAUUUUUCUAUCUCCAUGUUAUUUAUUUUUUUUGACACCAUGAGGUGGAUUGCUAAAUGUUCUUACCUACAAAAAUGGGCCAAGAUGGGAAAACACAAAAUAAAAUUGUAAUAACUUUGGUUAUGGAAAAUGAUUACUUCUAUAGGCUAUUCUAAUUAUUAUUGUAAUUGUUAAUAUUACUGGCAUGCAAUUAUUUGAUUAGAAAUGCUCAAAGUUGUUUAAUGUGAUUAUUGGCUCUGGCUAUAAUCCCUGAAUCAUUUAAAAAUACACACAAAAAAACCCCAAAACAACAAAAAAAAAAACCAGCAAUAUUAAGUCUCCAUUAUGUAAUAGUGAACUAUAGUUAUGGCAGUAUAUAAUCCAUGGCUGUGGGUCACAUGGUUGAACUGGUUGAACAGUCGAUCCACAUUAAAAGGACCCCAACAUGUGUACACCCCUCAUAUGGUUUGUGUCUGGUUGAAGUGUUCAAGUGGCUAUUAGGAAGCUUCCUUCUAUAAGCUCAAACAAGGUGAAAAGGUUGUUAAAAGUUUACACUUUUUACAAGCCGCUGUCGGCCACGUGCACUCACGUUUACAUUUGUUGGGACAGAGAUCGCUGGGAGCCAUAACCUUGACCUGUAUUAAGCGUUAUUAUAAAUCGUGUUUCUGCAAGGAAAUGUGGUUUUAAAGUCAUUACAAUUUUGAUUUUUCAAUAAUUGUACUGUGUGUACAAGUAUUCUGUGUACAGCCUGUCAAAAGCCACACUGAAAGUCAAUGGCUUUUGUCUGUACUUGUAAAAUAUGAGGACAAAUCCAAGAUGUUACCUGAUCCACGAUAGCACUCAGUGUACUUGAUUAUUAAAAGACGUUCUUUCUGAAA